CUGAAGGUUUACUCCUAGGGAAAUCUACUGAGGGCGGUACUUGCUGGCAGCAGAUGUUUUCACCCUUUUUAAAUGAGUGUGAUCGAAGGAGCCCAGCCACCGGCUAAGCAGACACGGAAGAUUGUUCACCUUGUCAGCAGAAGUUUUCACCUACCUGGUCAAAGAUGGUGAUUGCCAAGGCAUGGGUUCUAAAGAAGCAUUUUGAUGGUCUUCCCAAAACCAGUGACUUUGACCUGAAGACAAUAGAGCUACCAAAUCUAAAGGAUGGAGAGUUGCUGCUUGAAUCAGUGUUUCUCAGUGUUGAUCCUUACAUGAGACCUUACAGUCGACGGGACAUGAAGGAAGGUGACAUAAUGAUAGGCACACAGGUUGCCAGGAUUGUAGAAAGCAAAAAUCCUGCUUUCUCAGUGGGGGCCUUUGUCGUGGGUAACAAGGGCUGGAGAACUCAUUUUAUCUCUGAUGGGAAAGAUGUACAACUCCUUCCUUCCAAUUGGCCGGAAUCACUCCCCAAAUCUCUAGCUCUUGGAACAGUUGGCAUGCCAGGUCUCACUGCAUAUUUUGGUCUGCUGGAGGUCUGCAAGAUGAAGCCAGGAGAGACGGUGCUGGUUAAUGCUGCAGCUGGUGCUGUGGGCUCUGUGGUGGGGCAGAUUGCGAAAAUUGGGGGUUGCAAAGUGGUUGGCUGUGCUGGCUCAGAUGACAAGGUUGCCUAUCUGAAAAAAAUAGGCUUUGAUGAAGCCUUUAAUUACAAGACUGUUAAAUCUCUGGAUGAAGCACUGCGUAAAGCUUCUCCUGAUGGCUACGACUGUUUCUUUGACAAUGUGGGUGGAGAAUUUUCCAGUAUUGCUAUCAACCAGAUGAAGAAAUAUGGAAGGAUUGCAGUCUGUGGUGCCAUCUCUCAGUACAAUGACUCUGUACCUCAGAAAGGGCCUUAUGUGCAGAUUCCCAUGAUUUUCAAGGAGCUUCGGAUGGAAGGGUUUAUUGUGAGCCGGUGGAGCGACCGGCGGAACGAAGGGCUGCAGGCCCUCUUGAAGUGGGUCGUGGAGGGAAAGGUGAAGUACCAUGAACAAGUCACUGAAGGAUUUGAGAACAUGCCAAUGGCUUUUAUAGGAAUGUUAAAGGGAGAAAAUCUUGGAAAAGCUGUUGUAAAAGUGUGAAGAUCAGCUUUUCCUGGGAAACUGGUGCAGGGGAAUGUGAAUCUGUUAAAUGGUUUUAAUUCACUCAUCAAAUCAUAUGACCAGUAUGUUUCAACAUUUUGCUGGAUGUUUGGUGAUCAUAACUUCUGUUAAUAAUUUGGCUAAUAAGUCUCAGCAUAUUCCAAUUGCUUUGCUCUUGAAGAAAUUGAGAAUUGCUUCCCAGAGCUACAGUAAACAAAGUGCCUUAAAAUUGGUGAAAAUCAGAACUGUAACUGAUCUAAUAAUAGCUUGAACCUUUCUAUGAGCAGGCUUGUAGAAAGGAAAAUCAAUUAGAAAAGCUUUGCUAACUGAUGGCACAUUUAAUUUUUACCCAUUGAUUUGGCCCAGAACUUUACAAGGGGGAUUUUUUUAAACUCAUAUCAAGGAGCAGAGAACAAGCUAAGAUAACAACACUUGGGGAUUCUAGCUUCCUCUCUAGCUGGCUUUUUAUUUUUCUUCUAUGAAACAGUAUAGCUAUCUCAGUUAUUCUGAGAAUAUAGAAAGGGAAAAUAAAUCUCUUAAUGUAUA